CCCUAGUGUCUUUUCCUACCCUAAUUUCAAAAUUUGAAGAAGAGAGGGAGAGGAGUGACUAGUGAGAGAUGCAGCCAGAGAAUCUAUUGCAUCAGAUUCAUCUCCCAACACAGAAGUGCACCGUGGGAUGUCCCUUACUCGAUCGAUGCCUCGGAGGAGGGAUCCCUUGCAACUCCAUCACCGAGCUCGUCGCCGAAAACGGCACCGGCAAGACCCAAUUUUGUCUCCAACUCGUUCUCUAUGCUCAGUUGCCGCCUUCCCGCGGCGGCCUCUCAGCCUCCUCCCUAUACAUCCACACCGAAUACCCUUUCCCUCUCCGUCGCCUUCGACAGCUCUCACGCGCCUUCCGAUCUUCCCACCCCGAUCAUCCCGUCGCCGACCCCUGCGACCGUGUAUUCGUCCAAGGAGUCUAUACCGCCGACGAGUUGGUCGACGCGCUGCCAAAGAUUGAGCUGUUCUUAAUCCAUUCGAAGUCGCGGUUUCCAUUGAGAGUCAUUGUGAUCGAUUCUAUCGCUGCUCUGUUCCGUUCCGAUUUCGACAACACCGGGUUGGACCUCCGGCGAAGAUCGUCUCUGUUCUUCAAGAUUGCCGGCGGGUUGAAGUCGCUAGCGAAGAGGUUCGGGUUGGCGGUGGUGGUGACGAACCAGGUGGUUGAUUUGAUCGAGGGCGGGAAUGGGAAUGGUGUUAGGGUUGGGAAUUUGGGUGUGCUGUACUCGUCGGGUAGGCGCGUGGCCCCCGCGCUGGGUCUGGCGUGGGCGAACUGCGUGAACUCAAGGCUGUUCUUGUCGCGGCACGAUGACGGUGCUGACGUGGAUGGAAGUUGCAGCAAGAGUCGGAGGAGGAUUAGUGUUGUGUUUGCUCCUCAUUUGCCUCAUUCCUCUUCUGAGUUUGUUAUAACAACGGAAGGUGUUUUCGGCCGCUAAACCAUGGCGGACGGCACGGACAACUUUUAAAGUAGCAGCAGCUUUGUAUAGUGUUUUAGUUGCUGUAAUCUCAAUCCAAAUGGGUAAUGAUUAGAAAUACUA